AUGGAGGCAGUUUCCGCAGCCGCCAGCGUCGCGGGGCUGCUGUCUGUCGCUGGCCAUGUUCUCAAUGGGCUUGUCAAGCUCAAUGCCUUUAUCCAGGACUUGAAGGAAGCGGAUGCGCGUGCGCAACGACUGACGGCGGAAGCCCAUCUACUCUCUCAGACACUAAUUGACUUCAAGUCUCUGCUCAACAAAUUGGACGAAAAGGCACUUGAUGGAAGCCGACUUCUUUGGGUUCAGCAAUUUGCCACUUUUUCUUCCCGUCUCGAAGAUUGCGUUCGGGAUUUAGAUACCUGGACCGAAUCGUACCGACCCGAAGAUGGGCCAUCCUCAAAGCGCCAAAAGAUAAUUGAGGGGAUAUCGAAUAAGAGAAGCCGGGAGAUUUCGGAAAUGGAGUCUAAGUUGGCGCGUCAUCGGUCGCAGAUUGUUCUUGACAUGAACACCAUCAAUGGGUGGAUGUCCCUCUCAGGACUAGAGAGAAUCAUCGCCAUCCAUGAAGACGUAAAGAAACUCACGGAUACCCAUAAUCAGAUGGAACAAGAAAGAUUAGAUCGCCAUCAGCUUUUCACGGAAGAAACAAGUAGAAGAGAACAAGAUCUCCGAGACAUGAUCUUCUCCACUUCUCGAGUUAGUAAGGAACAAUUCGCAUUGGAACACCACGAAACUCGGAGUCAACUCUCUAGACUGAGCGACAGUGUAUCAAGCAUGGCCGAAUCACUUCAACAGCUCGUCACUCCGCCUUUAUCGCAAGUCCCCCGGCGUGGAUCAAACAAUCACUCGCGAAGGCCGUCCUUGUUUUUGAAUUCCGAGGUCAUUAGGAAACGGCGACAUUCAGGCCUUGAAACGGUUUCUAGCAAUCUGAACUUGAAGCCCAGCUUCGUUGGCAGUCCGAUGGGGUGGACAUGUGCUCAAGCAAUAGGCAUUGACGAUUAUUUCAUCGAAACCCUGGAGGAUCAGCAUUUGGGUCAAAUGAGAUGUGCCUUUUGUGACCAAAUCUUUGCAAAUACUGAGUCGCUCGACAGAUCGAAACAUGUCGUGGAUUCCCAUAAUCUCGCAGGGUGCGAUCAAGGAGUUUGCUAUAGGUUCGGCAGAAGCUUCGGUUCUCACUUAGAGAAAGAUCAUGCAGCCAACGGAGAGGUAUUCUCUAACAACAUUGCGCAUUUCAAGCAAAUAUUCUUCCAGUCAACAUCGACGGUCCAGGAUGAGAGGAUAAUGUCCCUUUACGGCGAACCACAACAACUGGAGACGUCCACGGCACCCCUCAUUCUCGAAACCCAGCUGCGACAUUUGAUAUCCAGCUUUGUCGGGGUUGAAAGGCCAACCUCGCAUGGACUUAAUACUUUCCACGACAUGCGGCAAAAUCUGGAGACGCUAUCAAAUGCUGCUUACUCUCCAGGGUCUUCCCUCGAACUUGCUACAACUCUGUAUGAAGCAGCCAACUUAGCGGAAGAAAUGUCUGUUAGCUUCGACAGGAUAUUCCGUAGUAGAUGGCUACCGAAACCGAAAUUCUUCUUCCAAAAAGUUCCUGCAUCCCAGGAAAAAGAUGGUGGACAACGCCCAGUGUACCUCGGUAACUGGUUUCUUUCGUUUGACUCUAGGGAAAGGGCUUCAGUCGACUCAUACAAGUCUUGCAGAGAGUGCCAAAGCGGGGCGAGGUACUCUCAUCUGAAGAGCGCAUUUCAGCAUCGUGGCAGAUGCCACCGAGGAAAGCACUGCAUUGUUGAAUUUGAACGGGCGUGCCCAGACACAUCUACUGAGUGGUUUAUGCUUGACCCUGUAUCGAAACCUUUCCGCCUGUUGAAGAAGUUGGGAGCUAGUACGUCGGGUAGAGACAGGGUCCAUCUUUGGAUGUUGAACACACUUCACAAGUCGGAGCAUCUCCUAGUCGUAUUGAGAAAUAGCGCCUUCUUCGGUGAAUCGUCGAUAUGGUCGACAAAAACUGAUGACGCGACACAAGUGGACCGGUGUUCUCCAUCGUGGGGUGACAUAUGGAGUCGUGAUUUGCUUGGGGCUUUCGACAGAGAGGAGGCAGCUCUUGACGAUCAUGUCAAUUCAACACAGUCUGAUGGGGCAGUAUACAGCCGUGAUUAUGAGGUCUCGUCGGAGGGUAACGACCAUAAUGGCGUUGACCUCGUAAUCUGCGGACUAAGCCCGGAUGAGCCCAGUGGUGUUGUUGCCAUAUACCUAUUUAACGAAGGCGAAAAACAAAGAGUUGAGAUUGAACGAUACCCAGUUGUACCAGUAAACCACAAGACCUUGAUUCUGACUUCGCUCUCCCUGUGGCUCGACAUGUUUGCUCCAAUCUACUACGUUUCACCUUCAAUCUUACUGGAGUUCUUCUUUGGAUAUGUUCUAUACGUUGAUUUAUCAUUCGCGAAUAAUCUCUUUGAGUCGAAACUCAACAACUUCAAGCAUCCCCACAUGAAUGGAACUGGCAAGACUCUUUGGAGGGUUCUCUUUUUGUUCUGCUCUCAUUUGGCAGAGCUAAUUAUCGGAGAGAAGCAUAGGCGCACCCUGAACGUCCGAUGCCCUUCCAAAAGCCCAAACGUCCAAGACUCCAUGUCACAAGGAUGCUCCAUGUGGAGUCUAAGUAUGGGUCCUACGCAAACCUAUAUGGGGCAAGUUGUGUCCAUCGUCACCAACCCAGCAACUUCUAGUGGUGAGGAUAUCUGCUUGUCACCGGGGAAAUCCCACGAUUCGCAGGGGACCGGGGUUCAAUUCCCCGUCGAGGAGUUCUUUUUGCUUUUUGAGCGAUGUAUCAACCUUCUGCAGUUAUCUCGAUGCGGGUCCGGGCCUUUUUGGCUCAUGGUUUUAGACAAAUGCCGCAGUGAGCCUCUGGGAAGAAGACACUCGGCCCUGGAACGACCACCUUACAUUGGAGGGAACCUAGGAACCUUGGGUUACUUGCAUGAUCGCGCGACAGCUUGUCUGGAAAAAUUCGAAGGCAAGCUAGAGACCAACCGUUGCCAUGGUUAA